GGGGAAACCCCACUGGCAGAGGGGCUGGAGAUGCAGCAUGGCCGCGGCGGCGCUGGCCGAGUCGGUUUCCAGUAGCAGCGGAAGCGGCCUGGAAGGCGGCGCGGGCACGGGGGGCGCCGGCGGCGGCGGCAGCAGCAGUAGCAGCAGGCACGAGAAAAGCCUGGGGCUCCUCACCACCAAGUUCGUGUCGCUCCUGCAGGAGGCCAAGGACGGCGUGCUCGACCUGAAGGCGGCUGCUGAUACACUGGCUGUAAGACAAAAAAGGCGAAUCUAUGACAUCACCAACGUUUUGGAAGGAAUAGAUCUCAUUGAAAAAAAGUCAAAAAACAGCAUCCAGUGGAAAGGUGUAGGUGCUGGUUGUAAUACAAAGGAGGUUGUUGAUAGACUGAGGUAUCUUGAAGCAGAAAUUGAAGAUCUAGAACUAAAAGAAAAGGAACUGGAUCAGCAGAAAUUGUGGUUGCAGCAAAGCAUCAAAAAUGUUAAGGAAGAUUCCACAAAUAAACGUUUUUCAUACAUCACCCAUGAAGACAUUUGUGACUGCUUCAAUGGGGAUACACUGCUAGCUAUUCAGGCACCUUCUGGUACACAAUUAGAAGUUCCGCUACCUCAUGUGGGGCAAAAGAAAUACCAGAUCAAUCUGAAAAGUAAUUCAGGGCCUAUCCACGUGUUGCUCAUUAAUAAAGAGUCCAGUAGCUCCAAGCCAGUGGUUUUUCCAGUACCACCUCCAGAUGAUCUCCUCCAAUCUCCAACUCAACCUGCAGCGCCAUUGAUUUCCCCUACAUCAAAUGCAGAUCCUCAGAAGUUACAAGAGUCUAAAGACCCUAAUAAGGAUCAAUCCCUUUCACAGGCAGCAGUCACAGAUAUGUCAACCGACAUCAGUUUACAAGAGAGUCCAACUCCCGAAAGUCUUUAUGCCAGCAUUACAGAUUCUGAGCUGUAUGAUAGCCUUGUAACAGAAACCACACCUAGUUCAAAUACCUGCCAGCCUUUCCUUCCACUGGAUGUUAAUAGUAUUCUCAAACCAAACACAUUUGACAUAGCAAAGAUGGAUGAGCCUGGAGGCAUAAUUAACAGCGAUAUCAUUGAUGAAUUGAUGUCCUCUGAUGUUUUUCCUCUCUUACGGCUGUCUCCUACUCCUGGAGAUGACUACAGCUUCAACCUGGAUGAUAAUGAAGGAGUCUGUGAUCUUUUUGAUGUGCAGAUACUGAACUACUAGAUUUGAUGCAGCCAGAUUGCCUCAUCUACCUCUAACUAUAUAAUAUUGUAGACUUAAUUUUAUAAUGCAAGUAUUUAAAAUAAUGAAUGUAAAACUUCUGUAAUUUACCAACACUGGGUGUACAUUUUCUUCUUAGUAUGUUACUGUGAACAACUACUAGGCUCAGCUAAGCAGAAGUGGCCUUUUUAAGAUAAGGGGGUCUACUCAAAGAAAUGUCACAGCUUAAUAGCCACCAUUCUCUAUUUGUUUUUUGGGAAGCAAAAUUUCAAAAUUAUCCUACCUUUGCUUCCAGUAAAUCUUUCUAGACUUCCCACUUCAAACAGUCUGCUGCAUUUUACUCAAAUCAGGCUCCUUGGGAACGUUCUACAAUCAUUCUAACAUUUUGGCCUUAUGUCUAAAACUUCCACUGCCAUUUGUAAAAUGUUGGGCAUUAACUAGGUUAUGCUCCAUUUGUUUCCCCAAUGAAUUCAGAAUAUAUUUUUUGUGGAGUGCCUUCUUUAUUAGCACUUUAAGUUACUUCCUUUUUUUUUUUUUACUUCCAACAUUCCACGAUUUAGGAAAGCACUAUUUGUAGUUUGUAUUAAAGAGUGCCAAUGCUUGUACAUUAACAAGAUUUUUAAAAUAAAAACUAUACAAAGA